ACAGCUUCACUUCUUUUCUUCCACUUAGAAGAUCUAGCCAAAAAAAUUGCUAGCAUGAGCAAACAGAGCAUUGCUUGUUCGUGAGUUCGCUCUGCAUUGUUUCGUGAGGUUCUUUUCCUGAAAUACUAUGGUUGUUCUUUCUUUUCCCCACUUUUUCUUGCUCAAUGUUGAAAGAGCAGCAUGCUGAAUGGGGAUCAUUGUAUUAUAUUAAUAUGAAUUCAAAAUUGUUGGUUUCUUUUAAAUGAAAUCUAUGUUGAAAA